CAGGGGGGUCCCCCCAAGUCCGCCAGCAGCCGCCGCCAGCCAGCCAGCGCGCAUCUGCAGCAGCCGCCGCCGAGGGGAUCGCGCGUGCAGCUCCGUGGCCUUUCCCUCCGUGGCCCCAGGGACCCCCAAAGCACACGGGCGGCCCCCUCCUGCCCGGCGCGUGAGCAGCCGGCGCGCUAAGCUCGGGAUCGCCUUUGCUCCGACGCCCCCUCGGCUGCGCGCAUCGGAUAUUAUACAGUUUGGAACGGGAGUCGCUCCGGUUCUUGCGCGCUUCUCGUUUUGUUGCGUCGGCAAGGAAGCGGUUGCCAGCAUGCCGGCUGAUACCCUGGAGAAACCGACCGCCUCCCCCAUCGCGGGGGCCCCGGCCAGCUCCAGCCAGACCCCCGACAAACCCAAGAGCGCCAGCGAGCAUCGGAAGUCAUCCAAGCCAAUCAUGGAGAAGCGACGGCGGGCCAGGAUCAAUGAAAGUUUGGGCCAGCUCAAGACGCUCAUCCUUGACGCCCUCAAGAAAGAUAGCUCAAGGCACUCCAAACUUGAGAAAGCUGAUAUCCUGGAAAUGACAGUGAAACACCUGCGGAACCUCCAGCGAGCCCAGAUGACAGCUGCCCUGACCGCUGAUCCUACCGUGCUAGGCAAAUACCGGGCUGGAUUUAAUGAAUGCAUGAAUGAAGUCACCCGUUUCCUCUCUACCUGCGAAGGGGUGAACACAGAUGUUCGUAGCCGGCUGCUGAACCACCUUUCUGCGUGUCUCGGUCAGAUUGUGGCCAUGAACUACCCGCCCCCACCACCGCCACCUCCAGCCUCCAGCGGACAGCCUGCACAUCUGGCUCAACCUCUGCAUGUCCAGUUGCCAGGCCCAGCGGCUGGAGCAGGAGCCAUGCCCGUGUCUUGCAAACUGAACCCCGCUGAAACCUUGUCUCCAAAGGUCUAUGGGGGCUUUCAACUGGUGCCAGCAACCGACGGCCAGUUUGCCUUCCUCAUUCCCAACCCAGCCUUUCCACCUAGCACUGGGCCAGUGAUACCGCUCUAUGCCAAUGCAAACAUGCCAGUGUCUUCCAGCAAUCCGACAACAACUCCUUCGGUGUCCCCGGUGCAAGGACUCACAUCCUUUGGGGGGAAUUUAGCACCCAUGUCCCAAGCUGGAAGAGACCGCGGCGAAUCAGUCUGGAGACCCUGGUGACUCCCUUUUAAACGCCCCCCCACCCCACCCCAGGCCCUGAAAAUAUCUGAAUUUGGUUCCGUUCUAUGGAACUGGAUUUGUGUGUGGUUUUUUUAAAAUUCUUUUCCAAUUCUUUAUUUAUUCAUUUCCAAAGGAUGUGAUUUUAGUAUUUUUUACUUUUUACAAAAAGCAAAAUGUUGGUUAUGUGAUAUAUUUCUCUUUUUUUAAAAAAAAGAAAAGAAAGUCUUAGUUUUGUAUCAAAUAUGCCCACAUACUAUGCCAAAGCUUCUUUUUGUGAGUCUGUGUAUGCCUGAGCUUUUUUUUAAAAAAAUGUUGGAAGGUGUUUGUACAAAUAAAAACUUUCUUGAACUAGAA